ACAACAUGGCUGCGUCCACAUCAUCGCUGAUGCAGUAACAGCAGUUCAGUUAGUUACUGUUAUCGACGCUGUUUGUGAGACGGGAGAGAUGCCAGACCGCAGGAAAGGUACCUCAAGAGGUUCAAGCGCUUCAGCCGAGACCGGCGGCCAUCAGCGCUCUUCCAUGGCAGGCGGCGGAGACAGUGCAGAGCAGCAGGUGUGCCUGGUGCACCUCGACCUCGGCGUCGGCGGAGCCGAGCGGCUGAUGGUGGACGUGGGCCUGGCACUGCGGUCCAAAGGAAACCCCGUCCACAUUGUGACCACGCACCACGACCCGAACCACUGCUUUCCCGAGACGCUCGGUGACCAGUUCAAGGUGGUGGUGGUGGGUGACUGGCUGCCCCGGUCGAUACUGGGACGUUUCUAUGCUCUGUGCUCGUACUUGCGUAUGAUGGUGGCUGCCCUCUACGUGGUUUGGUUCAGCGACAUUCAGCCCGACGUCAUCAUAUGUGACCAGGUGUCUGUGUGCGUGCCUAUUCUCCGGCUGUGUCGCAACGCCCGGGUCGUGUUCUACUGCCACUUCCCUGAUCUGAUGCUUUCGAAGCCAGGUGGCUUGCUGAAGCGAAUCUACCGUUGGCCAAUCAACGCACUCGAGCAGUGGAGCACGGGGUUUGCGGAUUCUGUGCUCGUCAACAGCCAUUUCACUGGGCGGGUGUUCCGAGAAGUGUUCCCCCGGCUGGCCGACGUGCAGCUGCGCGUCCUCUACCCGGCGGCGAGCCUCUCGGCCGUGGAGCGCCCCCUGGAGGGAACUCUGGCGGAACUGGGCAUCGACAAGCCCCAGGGUGCUCUCUUCCUCUCGCUGAAUCGUUUCGCGAAGAAGAACCUUGCCUUGGCAUUACGCGCUGUCGAGCUGGCCUCGCGCGAGAUUCCGGUGCACCUGAUCAUGGCCGGCGGCUACGACCCCGAGUGCCGCGAGAAUGUCGAGCACUGGGACGAGCUCGCGUCCCUCGCCAAGCAGCUGGGCGUGCAGCAGCGGGUCAGCUUCGUGCGGUCGCCCAGCGAGUCGGCGAAGCUGCUCCUGCUGCACGCGUGCCGUGCCGUGGUCUACACGCCGGCCAACGAGCACUUCGGCAUCGUGCCCGUCGAGGCCAUGUGCAUGCGGCGCGCCGUGGUGGCCUGCAACAGCGGCGGACCCACCGAGACUGUGGUGCACGGCGAGACGGGCCUGCUGUGCGACCCGACGCCCGAGGCAUUCGCCGCCGCCCUCGUGCGGUUGGCGCGAGACCGCAGCCUGACGCAGGAGAUGGGCGAGCGCGGCCGGGAGCGCGCCGAGGAGCUAUUCUCUUGGCAGCGUUUCGUGCGCGAGGUGCACGAGGUGGCCUUCGAGGACAGCAAGGACAAGCAUCGGUAACGACCGACCCCCGUGCGUCACACUUCUUGUCCCGGCGUUCUGAGUGUUCAUUGGUGUUCUUGAGUAACGGCUGUAACGUGGCAGAUAAAACGGCACCGAAGGGCUACUCGAUAAAGCAGGGAAAUCGCGUCCGCUUUGUAGAAACAGAUGUCGUUUCCAACUAAGUGUGGUUUUUUUCGCCCACCAUUUGAAAGCCACCUUGACUCUUUCUCCUAAUUCUUAUUACAGACUGUAACUUGCACUGCAGACCAUGGUUGUUUCACAGCAUAUCAACCGUGGAAAUUGACUCAGCAGUCCUGCCUACUUUUUUUGUCUGCAUAUAACGCUGUUACAUUUUCAGUCUAAUAUGAAGCGUUUGGGUAAGAUCAGUGCCUACUAAAAUAAGCCUAAGCGAAAGAACAAUUUUGUCAAAGUGCAACUUGUGGCUCCUAGUCAGCACUAGUGCACAGUCCUCAAGUCUUCCUGUCCUUUAGGGCCGUUUUAUCUCCUUCCAUAUGAUUGUGAUACAACCAGCCCAAAACGU